AUGUUUACUGUAGGUUACUGUAGUGACCAUUACGAUCGAAAUCUUGAACAAUUUGGCUAUUUUGAACCCGUCCUACACUAUCUAAUUGGAGUAACAGCAGGCGCAACGGGUGUGCUAACAGGUCAUCCAUUGGAUACGGUUAGAAUACGUCAACAAACUGAAACUCAAAAUGUUUAUCGAUGUUGCUCAUCGAUCAUUCGAAAUGAAAGCAUCUUAGGAUUUUUUAAAGGAAUGUCAAGUCCAUUGAUAAGUUUUACAGCAAUUCAUGCCAUAGUAUUUGGCAUCUACGGUAAUACAAUCAAACUUUUCGACAAUUAUCACAAUCUACUUGGAUCAUUUAUUGCUGGCAGUCUUGCUGGUAUUGCCCAGUGUAGUAUAUGUAUCCCAUCAGAAUUGCUUAAGAUUAAAUUACAACUACAAAAGGAUAACAGGAAAAAAUUAUAUACAUCAGCAUAUGAUUGCGCUCAAAAGAUGAUAAAAGAACACGGAUUUUUAUCAAUAUAUAGAGGUACAUGGAUUACAGUUGCUCGAGAUUGUCCCGGAUAUGGAAUCUGGUUUGUCACAUAUGAAUUUUGUACACAAAAAUUAAGCAGAGAUGGUACAGCUUCAUCGCUAACUACAUCCCAGUUACUUCUAGCUGGAGGCAUUGCGGGUGUUAUGUCUUGGAUAUGUAAUUAUCCUUUGGAUGUGAUAAAAACGCAAUUUCAAGCUGACGACAGCAUGUUUUCAUACAGACAAGUUUGUCAAAAUAUUAUGAGAAUUUAUGGCAUCAAAGGUUUUUCCGCCGGCAUUUCCGCCACUGUUUUGCGUGCAAUCCCAGCAAAUGCAUCCAUAUUUUUUGCUGCCGAAUGGUCCUAUCGUUUGCUACAUAAAAUUAACGAAUGGCAUGAAACAUACUUUCCAAAAAAAUUUCAAGAUUAA